UGUCUUAGGUCACUAAUCUCCCAUAAUCUUUUCUUCAUCGCAAGAACAACACAGCUUCUAGUCACCAUCUUUAUUUUCGAAGUUGUGUUUUGAAUAAUCUUUGUUGAAUUAACUCCUCAGAGAAAGAAAAAAAAUGCAAUCUGUUGCACUGAAACUCGGCAAGAGACUCUCCAAUUCUUCGCAUCCUCAUUGGAGAAUCUCACCAAACUUCAUCGCUCACGCUUCAACCACCUCUUCCUCCCCUUCCCCACCGUCACCUCCGAUCUCCGCCGCCGAAAACGCCACCACCACUGCCUCCACUCUCAACAACCUCCUCACUGCUCCAUGGUCCGCUUCUCAAACCCGCGGAUUUACUUUCUCUGGAUCUGAUGUUAGAGUUGGAAAUUUGAUUGAAAAUCGAGGGCGUGCUUAUGAGCAGGUUCUUAGACGAUAUCACUCUCUGGAAGGAACUGGAAAAGCUGCUAUCAAGGUUCCACCUCACACCGUAGCUGGUUAUGCCACAGCUGCUACUGCCGGGGAGGUUGACAUCAAAAGGGAGCGAAACAGUGGAUUGAGGAAUCAAGGCCCAAAGACAAAGAGAGAACAGCUCCUCAAAGUUACUGCAGCUGUUCCUCUUCUUUUAAUAUACCCAAACGCCUAUUCAUUGCUCGCGGCAAAUUUCUUCAUAUUCUGGCACAUAAAUGCAGGGAUCGAAGAGAUUUUGGCAGACUACGUUCACCAUGAAAUGACCAGGGAAUUUGUCUUGAUUUCUCUCAGGUUGUUCCUGAUAAUAGCAAUUAAGGACGUUUUCUUAAAUUUUGUAUUUGUAUGAUUGGAUAGAGUUUGGGUGGUACUUACAUUGCCUUGCAAUAAGAGCUCCUUGAGGAGCAAACUUGAGAAACCUCUUGAAUAGUUUCUGUCUCUUCUCAAACAUAGAGGCGAUGCAACAUGAUAACUUCAUGAUUUGUCAAGUUAAUAGUUGAAUUGUAUUUUGCAGGACAUAUAUUCCGUUGCUAAUUGUGAUUUAUACAAAAAAAAUGGUUGUGGUAGAUAAUAGAGUUCGAGACAUGCAUUGUUAAAUGUUUCGGAAACCAGUUUUAUUUAUUUUUGGACAA